CUGUUGGUGUUGGUGUUUCUUGCUGUGGAAGCCUGUGUGUUUUUGGUUUUGGCAGCCUAUUGCUGUGUCGCUGGAUUUGGUCGGUCAGCAUCCUGCCAUCAUGCCGAGGUGGCUGGAACUCCUGAGGAGAUCCAACCGCAUCUCUCCUGCAGAGACAGAGAAGGGGGUGUCCAGCCCACCCUCAAAGUUGAGGAAAUUAUGGAGAAGGAUCAAGAGCAGCAUGCUGUCAUGCAUGAACUCCAGGUCUGCCGAGGCUGCCAAGCAGAGGAGGAAGGAGGCCUCCACCAAGCUGAAGGAGAGGAGAAGGGGCCACCUGGCCAGCAAGUCUCCUUCCCUCGAGACCAUCGUGGAGGACUUGGAGGAGGCUGAGGCCCAGGAAGAGCCAGAGGAGCCCAGGAUGAAGGAGAGGCGAGGGAGCGGCCUGGCCAGCCUGCCUCCUUCCCUCGAGAUCAUUGUGGAGGACUUGGAGGAGGCUGAGGCCCAGGAAGAGCCAGAGGAGCCCAGGAUGAAGGAGAGGCGAGGGAGCGACCUGGCCACCCUGCCUCCUUCCCUCGAGAUCAUCGUGGAGGACUUGGAGGAGGCUGAAGCCCAGGAAGAGCCAGAGGAGCCCAGGAUGAAGGAGAGGCGAGGGAGCGGCCUGGCCAGCCUGCCUCCUUCCCUCGAGAUCAUCGUGGAGGACUUGGAGGAGGCUGAAGCCCAGGAAGAACCAGAGGAGCCCAGGAUGAAGGAGAGGCGAGGGAGCGGCCUGGCCAGCCUGCCUCCUUCCCUCGAGAUCAUUGUGGAGGACUUGGAGGAGGCUGGGGCCCAGGAAGAGCCAGAGGAGCCCAGGAUGAAGGAGAGGCGAGGGAGCGGCCUGGCCAGCCUGCCUCCUUCCCUCGAGAUCAUCAUGGAGGACUUGGAGGAGGCUGAAGCCCAGGAAGAGCCAGAGGAGCCCAGGAUGAAGGAGAGGCGAGGGAGCGGCCUGGCCAGCCUGCCUCCUUCCCUCGAGAUCAUCGUGGAGGACUUGGAGGAGGCUGAAGCCCAGGAAGAACCAGAGGAGCCCAGGAUGAAGGAGAGGCGAGGGAGCGGCCUGGCCAGCCUGCCUCCUUCCCUCGAGAUCAUUGUGGAGGACUUGGAGGAGGCUGAGGCCCAGGAAGAGCCAGAGGAGCCCAGGAUGAAGGAGAGGUGAGGGAGCGGCCUGGCCAGCCUGCCUCCUUCCCUCGAGAUCAUCGUGGAGGACUUGGAGGAGGCUGAAGCCCAGGAAGAGCCAGAGGAGCCCAGGAUGAAGGAGAGGCGAGGGAGCGGCCUGGCCAGCCUGCCUCCUUCCCUCGAGAUCAUUGUGGAGGACUUGGAGGAGGCUGAAGCCCAGGAAGAGCCAGAGGAGCCCAGGAUGAAGGAGAGGCGAGGGAGCGGCCUGGCCAGCCUGCCUCCUUCCCUCGAGAUCAUUGUGGAGGACUUGGAGGAGGCUGAGGCCCAGGAAGAGCCAGAGGAGCCCAGGAUGAAGGAGAGGCGAGGGAGCGGCCUGGCCAGCCUGCCUCCUUCCCUCGAGAUCAUCGUGGAGGACUUGGAGGAGGCUGAAGCCCAGGAAGAGCCAGAGGAGCCCAGGAUGAAGGAAAGGCGAAGGAGCAGCCUGGCCAUCCUGCCUCCUUCCCUCCACAUCAUCGACUGAACAAAUAAACAACAAACGUCUCAGAGGGUGUGAUGUCGGAAGUCAUGAGUGGAAAGAGCGAGGUGGUGGGAUUUUGAAAACUGCCUGUUUCUUUGUUUUACUUCAUAGAAUGUAAUAAAAGUUUUGUAGCAGAAAGGGAAGCUUUGUUGGCACCUCUGCUAACCCUGCUCUUAUCCUUCUUUUUUACAGCCAUCAUGCCGAGGUGGCUGGAUAGCCUCAGAAGAUCCAACCGGAUGUCUCCUUCAGAGACUGAGCAGGUGGUGGCCAGCCUGCCCUCUAAGUUGAGGAGAAUAUGGAGGAGGUUGAAAAACAGCCUGCUGUCGUGCAUGAGCUCCAGGUCUGCUGAGGCUGCCAGGCAGAAGAAGAGGGUGGCCUCCACCAAGCUGAAGGAGAGGCGAUGGGGCUACCUGGCCAGCCUGCCUCCUUCCCUCAACAAGAUCAUGGAGGAGGCGUAGGAGGCUGAAGCCCAGGAAGAGCCAGCGGAGCCCGGGUUGAAGGAGAGGCGAGGGAGCAGCCUGGCCAGCCUUCCUCCUUCCCUCGACAUCAUCGUGGAGGACUUGGAGGAGGCAGAUUUCCUUGGAAAUUAGGGAGGAACUCUAAACCAGUACUUCUUAAACGUUUCCACUUGCGACCCCUUUUGGACCCAUAAUUUUUACAUGACCCUGGUUAUAUAAAAUAGGUUUAAAAAUAAAGCAUUUACUUAUAACAAAUCAGUAUUUGCAAGGCUAAUUUGCAAGCUGGGAUGCAUACCAUUUAAACACCUGGAAAGUUACCAUGGCAGGGGCAAAACAAUUUAGAAGGCAAAACCAAGUUCCCAGGAGUUAUGGUUGGGCUGUAAGCAGUGCUUUUUAAUUUUUUAAAAUGUGGAUGAGUUUGGAGGCUACUUGGGACUCACCAAAGAGUCACAGGAUUGAGAGACCUACCUCCCAUUUGUGGCUUUUUUGAUUGCCUCAUAUGUACCUGUUUGGAGGUCUAGGGCAGUUCUUGUCCUGUGUGUUUGGGAGCCCCAGACCAGUAGGCAGAGAAUGGAGGGGAGUAACAUAUGGGCCCUUUGGCUGGCAUCCCCAAAACACUGCCCUUCCCAGUCUAACAGUCUUCCACCAGUGACACCAGUGGUGCUUGCUACCAGAAAAGCCUGCUUCCCCGUCAUAUUUCCAUCUCACCAAUACUGCCUUGUUUUUCUCCAGGGGACGUGACCUCCCUCCUGCCUCUCCAAGGACACGACCAUGAUGAGCUACUCAGUACCCCUCAAUGCCAAAAUCUUAUCAAGGGAGUUGGGCUCUACAGCUUUAUGCUCAGUGUCUACUGGCGCCUGACACAGCUGUUGCUCAUCAAGACAUAGAUUGUGUUGGCGACACAGAAGUUCUACAACAGACUAACCAGGUAUGGCCAGGAUGUGUGUGUGCUUCCAUACAGAUGUGUUUCCUCCCUGUGAAAUUAUGAAAAAACUGUAGGUGAUGUGGCCACCCUCUUGAAAUACUUCACAGGCUUCCACAGAGAGGAGUGGGUGGUUAUUCCCUGCUGCCCCAGAGGGUAGGACCAGGUGUAAUGGAUUGAAAGUACAGGAAGAUAGAGUUCGAUUGAAUAUCAGAAGGAAGAACAGUUUGACAAUGGAAUCAAUUGCCUGAAGAGGUGAUGGGGUCUCCUUCUCUGGACCUUUUCAAAAACAGCUACCUGGAAGAGGUGCAGCACUGAGCAGGGAUUUGAACUUGAUGGCUCAUGAGGCCCUGUCCAACUGUGAUUCUAUUCAAUGUUGCUUUCUUUAUGCUUCUUUAUAUUCACUUUUUGCUCCACCACACUCCAAGGCAGUGUAUUCUUCCACUGUUGAAUAAUGCAGUGGAACUCUCUGCCCCGGAGUGUGGUGGAGGCUCCUUCUUUGGAGGCUUUUAAGCAGAGGCUGGAUGGCCAUCUGUCGGGUGCUUUGAAUGCGAUUUCCUUCUUCUUGGCAGGGGGUUGGACUAGAUGGCCCAUGAGGUCUCUUCCAACUCUACUAUUCUAUGAUUCUAUGCUUUUACGAUUCUAUGAACACUUGUUAUCAGGAAGUUCUUCAUAAUGUUUUGAUGGAAUCUCUUUUCCUGUAGUUUGAAUCCAUUGUUUCGUGUUCUAGUCUCUGGAGCAGCAGAAAACAAGCUUGCUUCACCUUCAGUGUGACAUUGCUUCGAAUAGGUAUCAUGCCAUCUAUUAGGUCAUGUCAUCUCUUAGGACCUGAUCACGUUGGAAUGUACUCUCUUUAUAUCAGUAUGUAUCCCUUAUCUUUUAAGGACUGGAUGCAUACUGUAUUCAGACAGGAGGCAUACUGACCCCCCCCCCCCCCAAUCACACCUGAUUCUUACGUUCUGAAAAUACUGUGUUUAGACUCCUCACACCAUGGAAGGCUGGCUCCUCCCAAUGCACUUUUUAAAAAAUCUAAUAUUGCACAGUGACAUAGACUGGAAGGUUCAAACAACUGUUCUCGUGAGAUAUCAGCCGAUAAAACACAUACCAGUAUUAAUAUUUUGAUCAAGCUAAAAACAGCGCUUCAUAACCAUAUUAAGUCAAAAAACACAAUGAGAAUCAUGUCUGUCAUUAUUCAGUUUCUGCAAUGUUUUGCAGACGGAUUACUGAAGGAAUGGGACAAACGUCGUGUAAUAGUACCCAUUCAGUAUCGCGUUCAAAACGUCUCAAAAAUGGAAUAUGUCCUAGUUUAUCUCUUCUUGAAGCUAAAUGUGCCCAGGUCCUUCAACUGCUUCUGGUAAGGCUUGGUUUCCAGACCUUUGAUCAACUUGGCCAUUUUCCUCCAUUCCACCUUGACAAUACUGUUUCUGAACUCCUGUUUUUGCCACAAAUGGCACACCAUAGUCCAGGAGAGGUUUGAUCACACUUUGGCCUUUUCCUGGCUCGUGCAGGCCUUGUUGCUGGAGAUCCAGGACUCCAUUGCACGCUCUGGAGAAGUGGUCCGUGAAACAGUCUCUUCCACUGAGACAGUGCGCAGCUUUGCUACAGAGAAUGAAGAAUCGCAGCGCUAUAGCGCAGCAUUGAAAGAGACACCCAUUGGCUCCAGAACCAGAGAGAUCUGGAGAGAGCCAUCAAUUUGCUCAUGUGACAGGACAGUUUUGGGGGUUCUACAUGGAAGGGUGUGUGUGUUUGUAUACAUAUGUAUGUGUUUGUGUGUUUUAAUAUGAUUGUAGUUACGUUUUGAUUUAGCUUGUAUUGUAAGCUACCAUUUGUCUCACGUUUAGAAAAAGGCAGGAUGUAAACAAAUAAGUUCUUAGAAUAGAUCACUCUUUUUCAUAGCAGUAAUGUUUCCAGGGUCUGCUUAGCAGACUGAAAUCUCAUUAAUCGAUGCAAUUUCUCUAUUAGUUAUUUGAACUGGGCCUGAAGCUGUUACUCCUUUACUUCGGAUACCAACAGAUCCUUGGUGGCCUUGUAACCAAAGGGAACCUGGUUUCCUUUCUCCUCUACCAAAUGGACCAGGUGGGGAGCUAUGUGCAGGUAUGGACAGAUAGAGCCAUCCAUUUCGGUUUCUCAGUUUUUCCAGUCCUUAAUUUACUUGGCUCUGUUGUUGUAUCGCUGAAUAUAUAUAAGGCUGAAUAUAACAUCAUUCAUCAUCACCUUUCUUGGCAGUGCUGUUGAACACCUUUGCUUGGUGUGAUUCUCUGGCUUUUAAGGUGGAGGGGGGAUUGGGUUAGAGGACAGAUCCUAGUGCUGUCUCCUUUGCCUAUGUCUUUAGUGUAGCCCUGUUUUUUCUUCCUCCUUUCUCAGACCCUGAUGUAUCUAUAUGGGGAUGCCCUUAGCAUUGCAGGGGCUGCUAAAAAGGUGUUUGAAUACCUUCGCCAUCAGUUCAUACAGAGGAGACGUUGGCUCCAGAGGUCCUUCGAGGGCACGUCUCCUUCAAGAACAUUCUUUUUCCUAUCCCUCUCGCCCUGACAGCCAAGUUUCAAAGGUACUGCUAUAUAUCUUUGGACAAAAUGAUGUUUCUGUGCAAAUCAGUUGCAGAAUUUUACUCAGGACAAUAAUGCAGGCCUUUGGUUUAGAAGGUGCAAUGAGUCUUUUGUUCUAAUAGAAGAUAUAAUUUCACUUUGAGAACUGCUGCUUCUACUUAUACAGGCAUUCCCCACUUUUUGACAAUUCAUUUUUGGAUCUCAAUUAUAGCAAUUUUUGUGCUUUCACUGCCUGGUCUGCUCUUUCAACCUAACAAAAUUACCAAAGGAAGAUAGUGACAUGGAGUUACUUAGUGCUAGCAAUGCGAGCAAUGUGGUUCCCAUUGAAGAAAAGAAGGAAGAUGGCAGGUGGUCAGGACAGAUGGUGCAGAUCAAGUCCAGCCCUGCCAAGGGCAGAGAUCUAGAUGCCUCUUCAUAGACAUCGACUGGUUCUGUCUACUCAGUGGUUACCUCUUUAGUCACGGCAAACACAGAAUCCAGUCAGCAGUUGUGGCCAGAAAAAGAUUUACCUCAGAAAAACACCAGAUUUGGUCGAUUUGAAUUCCUGUGUGCAGGAGAGCCUAAGGGCCCGAUGGACAACUGGAAGGAGGACGGAGCAGUGACCAGUGCCUCGAGGAACACCUUCAUGAGAGAAAAGAAGAAGACGACAGACAUCUUGAGCCUGUGGGUCAUCGCCAAGGGCAGCAAACCAAGAAACCGGCAGAGAUUGCGUUUCAAUGGAAAGAGUUGUAAAGACCCCUACGCGUCAGAGAUUUGCAAUUUCAACCAUCGGCAGUUUGCUUCCAAGAUUCCACGAAAGUACAUAAACUACGUUUCCCAAGACUUCUUGAAUGACUCUUGGAAGUUUCGUAAAAGAUAUUUUGGGACAAAGGGAGUUCAUGAUCUUGCUGGGAGAACUAAAUAUAAUUGUCGCCAGCGACAUAACCAUUGGAAUGCUCCACAGUGUGAAACAUCGAUGAACUGUAACAAGUGCCCUGGAGAUUAAAAUGACUAUGAGAGAGAUGGACAAUGUAUCUAAAAGUUGUUUUGUCCAGUGUAUGAAUAAAGACUCGGGAACUACCCAUGACAGAGAUUAAACUGUUAGUAGUAGGAUUUAUGGAAAAUGUGUUUCUAAAAUGUCUUAUGAUUUUGGUUUGUAGGAAAUAGGUGGUAAGACUGAACACAUGUAUUGAAGUGUUGAUGCAUAUUGAUUUCAUGACCGUCUCAAUUGAAAUGGUUUUAUAUGUUUGCAAUCGACUCAUGAUUAUAUUGUUUAAACCAGCAAAGAUGGUAUAGUCCAAGUAAACAGAAUGAGACCGUAUUACAGUAGAGUCUCACUUAUCCAACAUAAACGGGCCGGCAGAACAUUGGAUAAGCGAAUAUGUUGGAUAAUAAGGAGAGAUUAAGGAAAAGCCUAUUAAACAUCAAAUUAGGUUAUGAUUUUACAAAUUAAGCACCAAAACAUCAUGUUAUACAACAAAUUUGACAGGAAAAGUAGUUCAAUAUGCAGUAAUGCUAUGUAGUAAUUACUGCAUUUAUGAAUUUAGCACCAAAGUAUCACGAUAUAUUGAAAACAUUGACUACACAAAUGCGUUGGAUAAUCCAGAAUAUUGGAUACGUGAGUGUUGGAUAAGUGAGACUCUACUGUAUAUUAGAGUUAAUUUGGUUUUCAAGGUGGUAGAAAUGGAUUCAAAAGGUUAUUUAUCAUUAGAGUGGGGAGAAUUGAAUGGAAAUAGUGUUAUAUCAGAUUUGUCUCACUGUUUAGAAUUAUCAAGAGAAUAAAAAUACUAAUUGUAGAAACUGUUGAUGGAAUAUCAGAAUGUUUUUAAGAAUGUGCCUGGGAGGACAAAUCUAGUGAGCCAUAAAAUAAAUACUGGAGAAGCUAAACCUAUAUCAUUGACACCAUAUAGGGUAACUGGUAAGCAAGCCCAAAUUGUAUCAAAAGAUAUUAAAGAGAUGUUGGAAUUGGGUCUUAUUAUUACAUAUUUCUUCCUAUGAGUUAUAUUCUCAUCGUCCGCAAUAUUUUUAAGGGUAGGGGUGCAUGUAACGGAAAACCUUAUUUUAAUGGGGAUUUUUGUCAAUGAUAUUUAAUGUUGGUUUAAUGGUAAAGGUAGGCAGGACUUAGCUACUUCUGAUUGACUGUGUGUCACCAUGGUAACGUAGCUGCUGCUGUAGAAAUGUAACUACAGUAGAGUCUCACUUAUCCAACCUUCGCUUAUCCAACGUUCUGUAUUAUCCAACGCAGUCUGCCUUUUAGUAGUCAGUGCUUUUGUAGUACAUGUUGUGAUAUUUUGGUCCGAAAUUCAUAAAUACAGUAAUUACUACAUAACAUUACUGUGUAUUGAACUACGUUUUCUGUCAAUUUGUUGUAAAACAUAAUGUUUUGGUGCUUAAUUUGUAAAAUUAUAACGUAAUUUUAUGUUUAAAAGGCUUUUCCUUAAUCCCUCCUCAUUAUCCAACAUUUUUGCUUAUCCAACAUUCUGCUGUCCCAUUUAUCUUGGAUAAGUCAGACUCUACUGUACAUACAAUAUAUUAUAUUAUUAGAAUAGCACAAUAUUAGCAUUAUAUAUUACUAUAUUGAACUAUACUGCUAUAAUGUAAUAUUAUUAGUAAUGUUAUCUAUAUAUACAAAAGGAUAAAUGGACUUUUUACCUAGAUAGAAACAACGAAAUGACAUGACCCAGAAACCCGAAACUUGGCAACACAACCCAAAAUCCUUGCCCCUAGGUUCUGACAUCGAAAAGAAAAGAAAAAAAGUCCUAAUCAGAGGGAGAGGAAUAACUGUUUUUAUCCAAUUGCUGCCAGUUAGAAGGCUAAGCUCUGCCCACUUGAUCUGCUGUCAGUUAGAAGACUAAGCUCUGCCCACUUGGUCUCCUAGCAACCCACUCAGCCCAGGGCCUCUUCAACCAGGCAACAACAACUGCAGGAUAAUGACAACUCAAAUUUUCAGCCUUUAUUAGAUUUUUUUUGGGGGGGGGGGCACUAUUUCCUGGAAAGUGCCCUAGAUAAUAAGAUUGUUUAUUUCCUUUCUGUUCCAAAUAUGUGUGGAUGAGCAUGGCUCUUUAAUAUUAUGAGGAUAGGGUGGGGUGCAGGUGGAGGCCAUUCCUGGUGGUUGUUCCCUCUUUGUAAUAUGUGUCUUAAACUCCCUGAAUUUUCUUCACAGGAAUCAGGGGGGAAAGAGUCAAAAAGGAAAGAGGAAGGACGAGUAAACCAGACUACUCUCAGAAACUGUUGGCAGAUACAAACAACAUCUAGCAUUUGCAGGACUGCAAGUUGACAAUUUGAUCCUCCACCCCAAUUGAUUCUUCACUUCAGUCAUAAAUGAUCUUGGUACCAUUUACAAAAUUGUAUCAUAAAAUGUAUCUUUACUCAUAAAGAAACAAGAAAAUGAUCUUUCCUUAAAUGUUAUAUCAAACUCAGUUUUCCAUAUUUAUUCAUCUUCAUGGUAUACUUCAAAACAGAUAUCUCUAUUCCACCGUUCUCACUAUUCUCAAGUGGACAAAAGAGAGUGAACUCCUCAAAUCACUGCAAGCAAUUUGUGACCUAAAAGUGACCUAAAGGUAGUAGCAUGAGGGCAUUGGCUAAAAGCACAGUCUGAUUGCUUGCCCUUGUAAACAAGGUUGUUGACCCAUGACAACUGUGCUGUAUCAACAAUAUCAAAACAACCUUGAGAGUACUUGAGCAUAGCCUUUCAAGGGAUAUAUGCAAAAAAAGAAAGAAAGAGAAAAAAUAGGCUAGUUUGAACUUUAAAAUGUGCACUAAAAAAAGAUAGCAUUGAGAGAAAAAACACACAUUAGAAAGUCUUAAAUGCACAAAGCUAUUUUAUUCAAAUAUGCUUUACUAUGUUAGAGAUGGAUUUCCCGACCCUGGUACAACUGGGGGCAGAAUGGGUUUUGCCCCCUCCCCCAUGGAAGAGGCUGUUAGAAAGUAGUCCCAGAUGGGGGCUACUUUCUGGGGGGCAAAGCCACCAUCAGCACUCUGCCCUCUUCCUCAGUCUGCAGAUGACCACCUCUCUCUCUCUCUCUCUCUCUGCUUCCUUCUCUCUCAUACACAUAUGUACACCAGACUAGACAGGACAAUGUAUAUUUUCACCCUGCUUUUCUCCUGGCAUGGGAUACAAAGUGGUAUAUAUGUAAUUGCAUACUCUUAAAUGUUUUUCAGUAAAAGCUAUGUGUAUGCAUAUAUCUGUACAUUUUUAGGUCUGGUGACAAAUCUCACACUGGGUGUUUUAUUCACUAUCUUCUGAAGUGUCUCAUGAAAUUUUCAAAAGAAUAAGAUAAUUAGUGCUUUCCCCCCAUAUUAUUUAUAAUGUUCUUGGAAAUAUUACUUAAUGCUAUAAGAGAAGACAAAGAAUUAAAGGGAACUAAAUUAAGAAAAGAAUAAUACAGAAUAAUAGCAUUCACAGAUGACAUAAUAUAUAGUAUAGAAAAACCAUUAGAGAAGAUACAAAAAUGAAUUGAAAAAAUAGAAGAAUUUGGCAACCUAUCGGGAUUGAAGAUAAAUAAGAGGAAAACCAAGAUUCUGACAAAAAAUAUUACCAAGAAGAGACAAGAAAAAACACCACACUUACGAUAUCAUAGGCAUCACUGAAACGUGGUGGCAUGACUCUCAUCACUGGAAUGUAACCAUUGGAUGCUAUAACCUCUUUCACAGAAACAGAACAAAGGGAAGAGGAAGGGAGUAGCCCUAUAUGACAAAAACAUUUACGUUGCAGAAGAGAUGCAAGACGGAAAUCCGGAAAACCAGCUUGAAAGCAUAUGGAUAAGAAUCAAGGGAACCGGGACUCAAAAUGAUCUCAUCAUGGGUGUCUACUACAGACCUCUGAAACAGGAUGAAGAACUUGAUGAAGCAGUCUGUCAGCAGCUGACCUAACAGGCACAAAGAAGAGAUAUAGGAGCCAUGGAUGAUUUCAACUAUCCUGAUAUCUGCUGGAAAACAAACUCGUCCAAGAAUACAAAGUCCAACAAAUUCCUCACUUGCCUUGCAAACAAUUGUAUGGUCCAGAAGGCAGAAGAGGCAACAAGGGGAUCGGAUACUCUUGAUUUCAUCCUAAGAAAUGCGGAGGACCAGAUCAAUGCAGUUGAAGUGGUCGGAUCCUUAGGGGCAAGCGACCAUGUGCUCCUGCAGUUUGCGAUACAAAGGAAGGCUGAAACGAAGACAAGUCAAACCCACAUUCUGGACUUUAGGAGAGCUGACUUCCAAAAAAUGAAGGAAAUACUGAGCAGCAUUCCAUGGACGCCAAUACUAAAAGACAAGAGAGUUAAGGAUGGAUGGGAGUUUUUAAAAAGUGAAAUACUCAAGGCGCAAAUGCAAACAGUGCCAACAAAGAAAAAAAAUAUGACACGUGCGAAGAAGCCAGAAUGGAUGUCCAAAGAACUUCUAACUUGUCUAAGACUAAAAAAAGACAUGCACAAGAAGUGGAAAAAGGGAGAAAUCACCAAAGAAGAAUUCAAAUGAAUAGCCAACUCCUGUAGGGAAAAGGUUUGCAAGGCUAAAGCGCAACAUGAGCUCAGGCUUGCCAGAGACAUUAAAAACUAUAAAAAGUGCUUCUUUGCUUACGUCAGUAGGAAAAGGAAGAACAAGGAGGUGAUAGGGCCUCUGUGAGGAGAAGAUAGGGAAAUUCUGACAGGGGAUAGGGAAAAUGCAGAACUUUUUAAUUCCUUCUUUGCCUCAGUCUUCUCACAAAAAGAAAGCCAGCCUCAACCUCAGCAACAUAGAGUGGAUGAAGGACUGGGGGAAAUCCAACCCCAAAUAGGGAAAGAAGUCAUCCAGGAAUACCUGGCUGCUCUAAAUGAAUUUAAGUCUCCAGGGCCAGAUCAACUACACCCAAGAGUAUUGAAGGAACUAGCGGAAGUUAUUUCGGAACCACUAGCAAUCAUUUUUUUAGAGUUCUUGGAGAACGGGAGGAAGUUCCAGCAGAUUGGAGGAGGGCAAAUGUGGUCCCUGUCUUCAAGAAGGGAAAAAAAAGCCUCACAUCGAUACCAGGCAAGAUUCUGGAAAAGAUUGUUAAGGAAGUGGUCUGCAGUCACUUAGAAACAAAUGCUGUCAUUGCUAAUAGUCAACAUGGAUUUACCAAAAACAAAUUAUGCCAGACUAAUCUGAUCUCUUUUUUUGAUAAAGUUACAAGCUAGGUAGAUGUGGGGAAUGCUGUGGAUGUAGCAUAUCUGGAUUUCAGUAAGGCCUUCGACAAAGUCCCCCAAACAAACUAGUCAAAUGUGGGCUAGACAAAACUACAGUUAGGUGGAUCUGUAAUUGGCUAAGCGAACGAACCCAAAGGGUGCUCACCAAUGCGCCGUCUUCAUCUUGGAAAGAAAUCACGAGUGGAGUGCCGCAGGGCUCCAUCCUGGAUCAUCAAGUUUGCAGACGACACAAAACUGGAAGGGAUAGGUAGAAGACAGAAGACAGGAGCAGAAUUCAAAACGAUCUUGACAGACUAGAGAGAUGGGCCAAAACUAACAAAAUGAAGUUCAACAGGGACAAAUGCAAGAUACUCCACUUUGGCAGAAAAAAAUGGAAUGCAAAGAUAUAGAAUGGGGGAUGAUGCCUGGCUUGACAGCAGUACAUGUGAAAAAGAUCUUGGAGUCCUCGUGGGAAACAAGUUAAACAUGAGCCAACAAUGUGAUGCGGCUGCUAAAAAAGCCAAUGGGAUUUUGGCCUGCAUCAAUAGGGGAAUAGCGUCUAGAUCCAGGGAAGUCAUGCUCCCCCUCUAUUCUGCCUUGGUCAGACCACACCUGGAAUACUGUGUCCAAUUCUGGGCACCGCAAUUGAAGGGAGAUGUUGACAAGCUGGAAAGCGUCCAGAGGAGGGCAACUAAAAUGAUCAAGGGUAUGGAGAACAAGCCCGAUGAGGAGCGGCUUAAAGAGCUGGGCAUGUUUAGCCUGCAGAAGAGAAGGCUAAGAGGAGACAUGAUAGCCAUGUAUAAAUAUGUGAGGGCAAGUCAUAGGGAGGAGGGAGCAAGCUUGUUUUCUGCUGCCCUGCAGACUAGGACGCGGAAAAUGGCUUCAAACUACAGGAAAGGAGAUUCCACCUGAACAUUAGGAAGAACUCACUGUGAGAGCUGUUUGGCAAUGGAACUCUCUGCCCCGGACUGUGGUGGAGGCUCUUUCUUUGGAGGCUUUUAAGCAGAGGCUGGAUGGCCAUCUGUCGGGGGUGCUUUGAAUGCGAUUUCCUGCUUCUUGGCAGGGGGUUGGACUGGAUGGCCCAUGAGGUCUCUUCCAACUCUACUAUUCUAUGAUUCUAAGAUUGGAUGUCAACAGUUCCCUUCCCCCACACUAUCUUUCCUCCCCCUUUUUUCUUUUUUGCAUCCCGCUGCCCAUUUUUCCCUCCCCAAAUACCCUGCUCUUAAAGCAUUUUAUUUUAUUUUAUGUAAAUAUUAUUUUCCCUCAUUAAGAUAUUAUUUCAAAAACAAAAAUAAGAGAAUUUGUGAAUAUCUUUAAAACAGACAAAUCUGUUUUGCUCUUCACAUUUUUCAAAUUCCAACUUCAUUAUUUUACAUUUUCAGUUCACAUUGCGAACUUGCCAAUAAAACAUUCCAUGAAAUUUGUACAUAUUUUUGUAUUCAUUUUCCUAAUCUGUGAAUCUAUUUUUUUGUAUAUAUGCAUUGUUUUCAUGGUGAAUUUAUGUUAUUUAUUGUAUUUAUUAAGUGCAUUCUGUGUAUAUAACAUACACUUAUAAUAUUACUAGCUGUGCCCGGCCACGCAUUGCUGUGGUGGUAUGGGAAAUAAAGUAUUGAGGAAUUGGUGGUAGUUAAGGUAAAGGGUAAAGGUGUGGAGUCUAGAUAAUCCAGUUAAAGCAGAUAAUAUAAGAUUAUAAAUGGGUUAUAUAGCUGUGUGGAAGGGCCUUAAGUCUACACUGCCAUCUAAUCCAGUUAAAAUCUGAUAAUGUGUAUUUUAUAGGCAGUGUGGAAGAGGCCUAAGUGAGGCCUAACUCUGCCUGCGCCCUGGGCUGAGUGGGUUGCUAGGAGACCAAGUGGGCGGAGCGUAACCUUCUAACUGGCAGCAAUUGGAUGAAAACAAUUAUUCCUCUCCCUCUAAUUAGGACUUUAUUUUUCUUUUCUUUUUGUUGUAUCAACCUAGAGGCGUGGAUGAUGGGUUGUGUUGUCAAUUUUUGAGGUUGUGGGGUGUUUAGUUUUGUUGUUUUGUGGGUCGCCGUGAUGCCAUCACUCAUUUAUAUAUAUAGAUAUUCAUUCUUUGCAUAAUUCCCCCAAACUAUACAAUUCUGAAAGAUAUUUUUAUUAAGAAAUGCCAUUUUAUGACAUCUUCUUGUUAUAGACAAUUGCAAAAUACUAAAAGAAAAUGUACAUUAUUCGUUUCAGAAGUUUAAAUUAGAUCAGUUCAUAUAAAAA